CACUUUCGUUAAGAUUAAUAACGUUUGCAUAAACCUUCUAAUUUGUCGGAACGCUUUAUGUCUAUAUAACCCGAAAGGGUAACGAGCACAAUCGCUCAAUUAGAAUGAACGCUGGGGCUGUGAUACUCGGAUCAGUUCUAGUGGUGACUUGUUUGGGGGAUGGAACCCACGAACACCCCGAGACCACAACUUUCGAUCCUUGCAAGAAUCACGAAAACGACAAAAAGUGUCAGACCCUAUGGAAAACACAAGACGAAGUCACCACGCGUCCAAUGGGCAACCUUUAUCGCAUGUCGCCAUUUCUGAACGGGAAAUGGAACGCUUUUCCAUCGUUCCGAUCAAAUUUCGACGGGUACGAUUGGGGCGGCCGAGCGUACGAUUUCAACCCUACUCACAAUGACAUACCAGAAUUUUCCUUAAGAACUUUAACAAAAGCGUAUCACGGUAGAAACGAAUUAAAUGCGCAAAAACCUUUGCCUGGUCCUGACUACGUUGACAACACUGAAGAAGACUCGCCUAAGGGUGAAGCCAUAGACUCUGAUAGUCGAAGAAAGGGAUUUCCUCUUGUACAAUUUUCGCUACGUUUUAAAUAGAGAUCUAAAUAUGUACCUAGUUUUCCACUGUUCUGUUGUUGGAUCGCGAAAUAUAUAUUAUUCAAAUCAA